ACGACUUUGAUUUAAAAGAAAAGAAUAGUUUUUAAAAGCGCGCGAUAUUCACCCCCCCUCUAUCGCUCCAAAUGAUCUAUCAUUAAUAAGUUGACAAAGACACAAUGAGUUAGUUGCUGACCAUAUUGAUAUUAUCGAGCAUCCAAAGAUUAAGAUAAACUGGCCUAUGGAAACUAAAAUAAUUAAGGUGUACACAAAAAAAAAUGGUUGGGUUUUUAAAGUAAAAUGAGUUUAAUGGUUAUUAUAUGUACAAGCAUCUACAGGUGAUGAAUUAGUUGGUUAUCAUGUCAUGAAUUUUCAAAGUGGUUCAUCCUCAAAACCAAGGGCCAUCACAUAUGACAAACAUACAGAGUAUAUAUCCUGUAGUUAUAGAAAAUUUGAAUUCGAGGGCAUUCCAUAUAAGCAUAUGUUAGCUUUUUUCUAUAUCAACCAAGUGUUUCUACUGCCUAAUAAGUACAUACUCAACAGAUGAACAAAAAAUGAGAAAGUUGGGGCAAUUUAUGCUUUUGGUGAACAAACUUUCAUUGGCAGUUCAGAUGCGAAUUUGAUGUCAAGACACUGGAGGUUAUCCUAUAAAGCUUCAGUAGUGAUCGAUGAUGCAUCUUUGACUGAUGAGGGGACAAACUUCUUGGAUGAACAAUUUGAUUGUAUAUACAAUAAAAUUCAAGAGAUGAACAUUAGUAGAAAAUGUGACAAUCAAAGUCAAAGGAAGAAAGCUAUCGAUGGGGCCCCCUCUAUUGUUGAUCCUUCUUUAGUAAGGGCAAAAGACUGUGGGAAAAGAUUGAAAUCUUUAAAAGAGAUGUCUACCUCAAAGUCCAGGCUAUGUCAUGGAUAUGGUCACCAAGGUGUCUCACACGACAAGCUCAACUAUCCAUUAUUGCAGCAAGGAUCAACUGCUACAGAUAAAGAUAAUACCAACGAUGAUGAAUCAUAUGAAGAAGAUUUGACAUCAAUAGCUGGUUCUAACAACUUGCCCUUUGAGUUAUAAAGCUAGGUUGACCAAACUCUUGGUGAGUGGUUAUUACUUAUUACAGAUGGUUUUCCUUCUACUCUAAAUCUUACAUUGUUA